AUGAAAUUUGGAAGGAAUCUUCCGCGAAACCAGGUGCCCGAGUGGGCUUCCUCGUACAUCAACUACAAGGGCCUCAAGAAGCUCGUCAAGGUGGCCUCCCAGACCGCAGAGAGGGGGGAGACCGCGGAUCUUGCAGAGUUUUUCUUCGCCCUGGACCGGAAUCUGGAAGACGUCGACUCCUUUUACAACAAGAAAUUUGCCGACACUAGCCGCCGCCUUCGUCUCCUUCAAGACCGCUACGGAACUUCGCCCGAGGUCGUUGCCCAUCUCGACCAAGAUGAGAUCGAGGAGCUCAUGGGGGCCCUGCUCGAGCUGCGCAGCCAGCUUCGCAAUCUACAAUGGUUUGGCGAGAUCAAUCGCCGUGGCUUUGUGAAAAUCACCAAGAAGCUCGACAAGAAGGUGCCUAAUACAUCUACCCAACACCGCUACAUCGCCACAAAGGUGGAUCCCUGUCCCUUUGCUCGUGACACGGCAAUUUCUCGUGUCAUGUCCGAGGUCAAUCGCUGGCUCCUAGCCCUAGGCGAUGUCAAUCAGAUCGACGAUACCAGAUCCGAGCGUUCUACCCACUCUCUCGGCCGUGUCACGACCAAGGCCAUGCUCAACCUCUCGAAUGCCCUUCUUGAUAAGAUCGACCAGGCCAUUCGGUCCAAUGAUUUGGGGAGCUUGGAGGCAGGUCUUCGUGAAGGCCACGUGGAUCUCAGCGGGGAGGAUCAGACCUCGCCGUUAACGCAAGGUCUCUUACUCAACCUGCUCCAGCGGGCCAUCUCAGCUCGCUCUCGCGACACCAUCCGCUUUCUCCUGGGCCAUUUGCAUUCCCUGGACGAGCCGGACGACAUAAACCAGAGAAACUGCAUCCAUCGCUUGGUCAUUCAUAUUGGCCGCAGCAAGUCGACACCUCCCAUCGCACAUCAGCAAGAGGCUGUCAGUAACCCGACGCCGUUUCAGCUCCGGCACACGAACCACUAUGCCACGCAAUAUCUAACUCCAGCCGCUUCACCAUUGCCUGUGCCGCGUGCGAGCCACACCAUUGAAUCGCAGCUGCUCGAAGCUAGCGAUCCACGCGUGCAAUAUCUCGUCUUCCUGCUAGACAGUCUGAGUCGUGAGCAGCAGCCUGCGCUUCAGGCACGUGACUUGUUCGGCCGUAUGCCGUUGCACUAUGCAGCGCAGUUCGGAUUUGUCGUCGUGUGCGAGGCUGUCAUUUCCAGGAUGCAGGCCUGGGGACAGUUCAAUGUUGAGAACGGAAUUGACGCGCCCGAGUGGCAGGACAACGAGGGAUAUGCACCAAUACAUCUCAGUGUCAUUGGCGGCCAUCCAUUGACGACCAAGGUGCUUCUGCAUAGCGAAGACUGGAAGGGGACCAACGAGAGCAAGAGCCAUGUGCGUAUGGCCAAAUCCAGCGCCGUUCUUGCUAUUGCUACCAAGCACAACCACUUUGUCAUAGUGCAGACGCUCGUCGAUGCCGGAGUGGAUAUUAACUGGCAGGACGAGACGGGCGAGACGGCAUUGCAUAUUGCGGCGCGUUUCGGACACCACCGCUGUGCGAAGAUUCUCUUAGCCGGUAGCAAUACGCAGAAGGCCUCUCCUGAUCUUCCCGAGAAGUCAUUUGCAUGGACACCACUACAUAUUUCGGCCGUCGAUGGCCAUCUGUCGGUGGUACGCCUGCUUGUGGAGACUGGUGCGGAUGUCGACAAGGUUGAUUCGUCUGGCUGGACGGCUAAGGAACACGCCGCUCUGCGUGGCCAUCUAGACAUUGCUAAGCUCUUGCUCGAGUCAUCGCGGCUGGCCCCGGGAACAGAAGCCCAGGCGUCGUUAGAGGACGCCACACCGUCACCUGGCAGCAAGGCGACAACUCCGGAGGCAGUUCCAGAAGCGUACCUGUCGCUGGGUGACCGGACGUCCAACAGUGCCUCGCGCCUUGCCUCGGCUUUGGAGCCGCUUCCGCCACCUGUCCGGACAUACGGCCAUCGCUAUCUCAAGGACGAGACGCUGGUACUUGUCAGUCUCGGGUCGAUGGACAUGCGCAAGAACACUGACGCGGUCAAGCUGGACAAAGUUCCACUCGCGGAAGCGCACAACACACAGCUAGACACGGCGCUCUCGAUCGUCGUGUCGGCUCACGGUGCAGUGGGCGAGCCUACGGUGGUGGAUCUCCCAGUGCAAGAAAACAUCUCGACAGAGCCUAUUGUGUUCACGACAAAGGACAUGAGCGGCGUCAAACUGCUUUUCGACAUUGUCCCCACAUACUCGGGCAAUAAGAAAAACAAGAUCGGACGAGGCGUAGCCCUGCUGUCGACGGUGCGGCCGACCAUCGGCUCGAAGCGGAUGAACUUACAGGGCGACGUGUGCGUGCCAAUCAUGUCGGCGGAUCUGGAAAUAAUCGGCACGGUCAACUUCAAUUUUCUGGUGAUCACGCCUUUCAUGCACCCGAACAUGGAAGUGAAUGCGGAACACACGUAUUGGCGCAAGGUGUCGUCGGCGCCAAUGGUCAUUGGCCACCGCGGAAUGGGCAAGAACAUGACUUCGAACCGGUCGCUGCAGCUGGGCGAGAACACGGUGCCAUCGUUCAUUGCAGCGGCCAACCUGGGCGCCAACUACGUAGAAUUUGAUGUGCAGUUGACCAAGGAUCACAUUCCCGUGAUCUACCACGACUUCCUUGUCAGCGAGACGGGCUUUGAUGCUCCUGUGCACACUCUGACUCUGGAGCAGUUCCUGCACAUUAACAGUGGCAGGAUUCGCAGCGGCAGCAAGGGUGACGGCCACACGAAUGGGCACGGCGCCACAAACGGCAGCCGCACGAGCGGAAAGGCUGCUGGAGCCUUGGCGUCGUUGCUGAGUACCACGCCUGCGAACAAGUCAGCUGCAGCCGGGGAGUCAGACGGCACCACACAAGGCGGCGUACAGCUUCCCGAGAGCAUCAACGGAGGUGUUGGCAGGGGCGGCCGCAGCCGGGUUGGCGGGACGUAUCGGCCGCCGCGGCGAGCCAUGUCGAUGUCGCUGAGUGGGACGGCCGACGAACGCACGGUGCUAGAAGAGCGGAUGAAGCACACGCGCGACUUCAAAGAGAAGGGCUUCAAGGCCAAUUCGCGCGGCAACUUUAUCCAGGCGCCGUUUGCGACGCUGGAAGAGCUAUUUAACCAGGUUCCGGCGUCGGUAGGGUUCAACAUCGAGAUGAAGUAUCCGAUGCUGCACGAGAGCGAGGAGCAUGAGAUGGACACAUACGCCGUGGAGCUGAACUCGUUCUGUGACACGGUGCUGACCAAGGUUUACGAGCUGGCGGGCAGCCGCAACCUGAUUUUCUCAUCGUUCAAUCCUGACAUCUGUCUCUGCCUCUCCUUCAAGCAGCCCAAUUUCCCCAUCAUGUUCCUCACGGAUGCGGGUGGCGAGCAGGUUUGCGACAUCCGGGCGAGCAGCUUGCAGGAGGCGAUCCGGUUUGCGCGGCGGUGGAAUCUGCUGGGAAUCGUAAGCCUUGCGACGCCGUUUGUGAACAGUCCGCGUCUGGUGCGGGUAGUCAAGCAGAGCGGGCUGGUGUGCGUGAGCUACGGAACUGAGAACAACGACCCAGAAAUGGUGGAGCGCCAAGUCAAAGAGGGCAUCGAUGCCGUGAUAGUUGACAGCGUGCUGGCCAUACGGAAGGGUCUGACCAAGGAAGAUAGCAAGGUGGUGGCAGCAAGUAGCGAGAAGCAGGUGACAGACGGCGUGGCCGUUUCGAAGUUGACUGUAUAA